UCUUCACUGACGACACGCACACACCCCUACGAUCCUACCCGCCACUCCACUCCCGUCUUUCGAGGUUCAGGACCGGCCGGAGUAGAGCAAUGAAGGCCGUCGCCAGCCACCAGUACCACGGCGUCCGUCCACCCUCGCCGACGCCGGCGACUAAGAUCUCCAUUCCCGUCUCCGCCGGCGGGGGCGCGGAGGCGGCGCUGCUCGGGAAGGGGCGGUACAAGGCGUGGGCCCUCGUCGCCAUCGCUCUCCUCGCGCUCUGGUCCAUGUUCGCCGCCUCCGUCACCCUCCGCUGGUCCUCCGGCGACCUUGCCGCCGUCCCCUGGGACUUGAGUAGUCCCCUCCUCGACGACCUCGACCCGCUCGAGAUGGAGGAAAGGGAGAAACUAGUGCGCCGGAUGUGGGACUUGUACACGCGCACUGGUGAUCAUGUAUGGCUUCCACGGUUCUGGCAAGAAGCAUUUGAGGCUGCAUAUGAGGAGCUUGCUGGUGAUGAUACACCUGCAAGUGACGCAGCUGUAUCGGAGAUUGCUCGCAUGGCAAUUCACAGGCCUGAGCUUGAGCAGGCACGUAAUAAUAAUUAGCGCUGCCUUUACCUUUCUUAAGUUCAUUGCUACAGCCGAGACCAAAACUGAGAUGGAUUACACAAUGAGGGCUGCGAUUGCUACUCCAAUUAUGUGCUCACUGGUUAGAUUAUUGAUUGUAGUCUGCAACUUCUCAACUCUGAGAGAGCAUUCAGUAGUGGGUGAAGUGUAGGAAGAUCAUAUGAAAAAUGAUGUGCAAAUAAUUAUGCAUAUAUGGGAUGUUAGACUAGGUGCCAUGUGUAAUUUCAUUAAAUAAAUCGAAACACCAUGCAUGGUAUCUUCUACUCCCUCUGUAAACUAAUAUAAGAGCGUUUAGAUCACUAAAGUAGUGUUCUAAAUGCUCUUAUAUUAGUUUACAGAGGGAGUAGUUAUCAGCAGUUCUGGCAGGUGAAUAUUGUGCUCGAAGGUCAUUCCGAUUUUGUAUUUUUUUUCCCUACUGCCAAUUUGGAAUGUUGGUUUUCUUGUGUACUCAACAUUAGAGCACCACAAGGAUUGGGCCCAGUCUUUAAUGCUGGAUUACAGUUGUUUUUGUCUC